AGCGCAGCUGGGCAGUGACGUAAAGACCAAACAAGGCCUACAUCUUCGUAAAAAGACGAAGUCCUUGUCGCACACUUCCGGCGUGAAACGUCGACUCGGUCUCACGAUGCAGCCUGAAAGAGCCACUGAACACACCACAGCCUCUUCUGGAAGGGCUGUUGCCCCUUCCACGCCUGUAAGGCUGAUCUUGAAGAUGAGUAUCCACUCCGCCCCACAUCGGCUUGUUAGAAAACCGAGUCCUCGAGUCAGGCAGUUGCUACCCCCAACAGCUCGACUCGAGGGCCUGAUUCAAGUGCAGCGGUCGUUCCUGCAUGUUUGGAAGGUGCAAUGGUGGAUAAAAAGCAAAUUGGGCAAGUCGAGACUUCACCUUAUCCACCUCUAUCAAGACACCGCUCGCUUCAACAUCCGAGCAUCUCGCGGUGAGGUCCCAAGCGGCUUGCAACUUAUCGAAAGUGUGCUUGGCGUUCGGUACGUACCUUUACCAGGAUUCGAUAUCGAGAGUCUGCGGGCCGAAAAGGGCGCACUAUGUACCUAUCACGCAUCUUCACGAGAGUUACCCCGUACCGUGUUGCUUCCGGGAAAUAAUAUAGUUACACUCCCUUGCAGCGAGCGAGUCUUACUGGUCUGCGUAACAGCGGCUGCAUCAGCUCGUGUUGCUCCGCGGCCCGCGGACACCGUAUGCACCGUUCGCAUGGUAGUGCCGCCGUUAUACCGGCAGGGGCCCGUUCACUAAACACGCCUUUAGUUUGCCGACGUACAACAUUCACUAAUCUACCGAAUAUCAGCAGAACAUCGGGUACCGGUACUCACCGCAAGUGAAGCGUACCCUAUCAUAUACAAAUCAGACUCAUGCACGGCCCUAACACCGUUACCAUAACAGCUCUGUGUCUCGGUAAUUACCAUCUAGUGCAGAUUGUCAGCCUGCUGUGACCUGGUCUCAAAAAAUGAGAGGCAACGUCACAGAGAGAAGCUAUCUAAGGACUCAGAUCUACUAGAAGAUACUUGCUCAGACU